AUGACUCGGGACCGGGUUGCGCUGCGCAGGUGGGAGGUGGACGGCGCGCCGCUGGCCGGCGACGAGCAGCGCUACGCCGUGGGCGGGCUGCUGGUGCUGCCGCGGGCGCGCCCCGCCCACUCGGCCCGCUACACGUGCGAGGCCAGCAACGCGGCGGGCAGCGCGCGCCUGGAGCUGAGCCUGCUGGUGAGCGCGCCGCUGGGGGCGCGCGUGCAGCCGCCGCUGCUCACCGCCGCCCUGGGCCAGCCCGCCACCUUCUCGUGCGCCGCCGCGGGCCACCCCGUCGCCGCGCUGCACUGGCUCAAGGACGGCCAGCCCGUGCGGCCGACGGGCGCGGCGCACGUGCUCACGCUGCCGGCCGUGUCCAAGGACGACCAGGGCAUGUACCAGUGCUUCGUCAAGAACGAGCACGACAUGGCACAGGGCACCGCCGAGCUGCGCCUCGGAGACACGCCUCCUAUUUUGGUGUAUUCCUUUAUUAGACAAACCAUUCAACCUGGACCUUCUGUUUCCCUAAAAUGCGUUGCGUCAGGCAGCCCUACGCCACAGAUUAAGUGGACACUCGACGGAUUCAAAUUACCACAGACUGAUAGAUUUGUAAUUGGUCAAUACGUGCCCAUGAAUGGAGAUGUGGUUAGUCACGUGAACAUCACAAAUGUAAGAGCGGAAGAUGGAGGAACGUACCAGUGUACAGCGACAAAUCGCGUUGGUGAAGUUACGCACAGUGCACAGCUUAAUGUUUAUGGUCUGCCAUAUGUUCGCCCGAUGGGUGAAAUUUCCGCAGUUGCAGGAACUACAUUAUAUAUAACAUGCCCUGUUGCUGGAUAUCCAAUAGAUACAAUAAAAUGGUUUAGAGUUGGUCCUGGUGGCGAUAGACCUCUUCCAUACAUUACUCGACAAACAGUAUUCCCCAAUGGCACGCUAGCGAUUCAGAAAGUUCAGUCUAGAGAGGACAACGGUUUGUAUCGUUGCUCAGCGGCUAAUAAGCAAGGAGACCGCUCAAGCGGAACUGCUCAAGUCAAUGUAACUGUCCCCCCUAAGAUAACCCCUUUCAGCUUCCGUUCCGACCUUCACCUGGGGGACCGGGUAGGGGUUCAGUGCGUGGUGAGCAGAGGGGACCCUCCCCUCAGCAUCCACUGGCUCAAAGACGGCCAGAAGCUAAGCUCUAACGAGCGUGACGACGACGUAGUGUUGCGCAAACUCGACCAGUUCACGAGCGUGCUGAGCAUCAGCCCGCUGUCUCGCCGCCACGGGGGCAACUACACGUGCAUUGCUCGCAAUGACGCCGCGCAGGCCACGCAUUCGGCGACGCUCUCCGUGAACGUGCCCCCAACCUGGGUUGUGGAACCAAAAAGUGGAUCUGCAAAACUAGGAGAACCUGCUUUACUUGACUGUCUAGUUGAAGGUUUUCCUCAGCCGUUAAUAGUUUGGAAAAAGGCUUCAGGGGCGAAGCUGGAAACGUACCAUCCCCUUGUUAGCCAGGAAACCUCGCAGCCCAAUGAGUUUGGGCUGGGCAUGCACCACUCAGGCAUGAGCCUUCUACCUAACGGUUCCCUCUUUAUCGAAAGUGUCUCUCAAGAAGACGAAGGGCAGUAUGUGUGUGAAGCAAGCAACGAUAUCGGUGUCGGCCUCAGCGCAGUUGUCUACCUCACCGUUCGCGCUCCAGUACACUUCAGAGUGCGCUCACGGAAGGAAAUGGUGAGACGCGGUAGCACGGCCGUCUUACGUUGUCACGCAUUGGGAGACGUUCCAAUUACAUUCACGUGGCGGAAAGAAGGAAGUUUUGUGGAAUUUCAAGGACGCUCCAGCCAGAAGAACAUCAGUGGCGGACUGGAGUCGGAAUUACGCAUAAACGCUGUGAAAGCAGAAGAUGGAGGAAUUUACACUUGUUUCGCGCGGAAUGAGUAUGGUCAUGACCAAACGGCCAUUCAUCUUCUAGUUCAGGAUGCUCCUGAGCAUCCCACGAACCUAAGAGUUUUGGACCAGAGCAGUAGACGCGUUACCGUUGCUUGGACUCCCGCCCAAGAUGGAAAUAGUCCUAUUACUCGAUAUCCCAAUUCAAGCGCGGUCAUCACCUCGCUGCACCCGGCCACCACGUACAGCGUGCACGUGCUGGCCGAGAACACUCUGGGGCCCGGGGCGUCCAGCCAGGAGAUCCGCGUGCGCACCGAGGACGAGGCCCCCUCGGCGCCCCCGCAGCAUCUGGCCGCCGACGCCACGGCCUCCACGCAGCUCGUGCUCUCCUGGGAGCCGCCCCCCGAGGACCAGUGGAACGGCCAGCUACUCGGCCACUACGUCGGCCACCGCCUCAUCGGAGAUUCUGACAAUAAAAGGCAGUACAAUUUUUCUACUGUUCCUUUCCGAGGAACUGGAAAGGAAGAUUCCCGCUUAGAUGACUUGAAAAAGUUCUGUAAAUAUGGACUGGUGGUUCAAGCCUUCAACAGCAGAGGACCAGGACCUCUCUCCAAAGAAAUUGUGGCGCAGACAUUGGAAGAUGAAGCUUCUCCUCGAGACGUGCGGUGCACAGCACUGUCACCCGAAUCCCUUCAAGUAAGCUGGCAACCUCCUCCAGAUGCACUUGUUCAUGGUGUUAUCCAAGGAUAUCGCUUAGUUUAUGAACCAGUGUCAACAUCAGUUCACGAUGAAAUGAUUGAAUCAAGGACAAAAAUGACAACUGCUCUUACAACUGUGUUACAUAGUUUAUUGAGAUAUACAAACUACAGUGUGGAACUUCUUGCUUUUACAAGAAUAGGAGAUGGUAUAAAGUCCCCAAAAGUUUUUUGUCGCACAAAGGAAGAUGCCCCUGGUCCUCCUAGUAACAUCAAAGCUGUUCUUAUGAUGCCUGACAUUGCUUUAGUCGCAUGGUUGCCGCCAGCUCACCCAAAUGGUGUUGUUAUUAAAUAUAAUGUGUAUGUUCGAGUUGUGGAAAAUGAUCGUCAAGUUGAUACUCGAUAUUUUGCACAUACUUCUACUUUACACCUACAGUAUCAAUUAACUGGUUUGAAGCGACAGUUGCGCUAUGAAUUCUGGGUAACUGCCUUUACCAAAGUUGGAGAAGUGAGUGCAGGAAUCAUAUCUUUUGGUGGAAUUCGAGUUGUGUCUUGGAAGAGUGACAUUCGUCUUCCUUGUCAGUCAGUUGGCACACCAGAACCAACCCAGCAAUGGAAGAAAGAUAACGAGCCAUUGCACAUUUCACAGCAACCUCGUGCACAUAUAAUUCCAGAUGGAACAUUGCUUCUCAGUAAUGUGCAGAGGUCAGACCAGGGUGACUAUAACUGCAGAGUGUCUAAUGAACAUGGGAGUGACCAAAUAACAUACCAACUAAUUGUCCAAGUACCACCUGGUGCUCCUGUGCUUCUAAUGACUGGAAGUACACAGCACUCUCUACAGCUUCAAUGGAAACUUGGAGACACUGGAGGAAGUAGAGUACAAGGAUUUGUUCUCCACUACAAACAUGAGCAUGGAGAAUGGGAAGAGUUUCAACUGGAUGGUACUCACAGCACCCAUAUUUUAACAGGACUACGAUGUGGUAGUCAAUAUCAUGUGUUCAUAACAGCAUUUAAUAGAGUUGGUAGUGGUGACCCAAGUACGACUCUUAAUGUACGAACCCGAGGUGCUGUCCCAUUGCGCCCUCAAUCUUCAGAACUCCUCUUAGUCAAUACAACUUUUGUUGGCUUAAAUCUUCAUACAUGGCCUGAUGGAGGUUGCCCAUUGCUAUAUUUUGUGGUAGAAUAUGCUCCUGAAGGCAAGGAACACUGGGAAGUAGUGGGAAAUAACAUUGGUACAGAUAGAGUUUUCUCUUUGCUGGGAUUAAAUCCAGGACGUACUUACAAACUCCGUAUCACAGCUCAUAAUUCUGCAGGAUCAACAGUUGCCAAAUAUAAAUUCAAAACUCUAAGUGAAGUGGGUGGAACUGUGAGUCCCAGUCAUGUAGUGACACAAAAUGACCAACAACCACCUUUACACACUGAUGUGAAAAUAGUUGUUCUUGCAGUUUUUUCAUUGAUAGCUCUUGUACUCAGUUUGUUGGGUAUCUGUUUAUGUCUGAAGAAAAGAACUUGCAUGAGUCCUUCACCACAUCCAAGUUUACAAGAUGUACAAUCCAGUGCAACACAAGAUAAUAAACAUAAUUUAGCACGUAGAGAACAGUAUUAUGCCACGGUUCGAAAGCUUCCUCAGUCUCCAGCAACAUUAGAAUGUAUACCAGAAUACUCUGAAGAUAUACGUCCAUAUGCAACCUUUCACGUGCCUGGUCCUCCCAAUUCAGAUACAACAAAAUUGCAAACGUUUGUAUACAGAGAAACAGAUAUGUCUCCUACAAGAAAGCCUAUGAAAAGCGAUUACCGUCGAGUCAAAAGAUCUCGCCCAAGUGAAGAAUAUGACAGUUUUGGGUCAGAAUCUGACACUGAACCUGGCACUUCAAGUAGAACGGAAUCUUCCAAUCAGCUUGAUGAUGGUGGAAUACCUGGCGAUGGUGUCCGAGGCUAUCAUCAUUCUGCAUCACGUUUAUCCAAAAUUGGUUUGGAAUCAAUGUAUCCUGGACCAGAAUGGAGUCCACCAACUGAAAUUUCUCCAGGUGCUGAAAGAACACCUUUUGUGCGCAGAUACUGUCAAGCUCAUAUUCUGAAAUAAAACAGAUAUAUGGCCUUUGAACUAUCACCCGUCCUUCCUUUAAAUGCUCUGUGACUGUGAAAUCAACUAUUGUGUGUGAGAACAUAAUUUCUACUUUCAUACAUCAUAAAACAUGAGGAAAAUAAAAUUUAGGAAAAUUUACAUCAUUGCAGAAGAGCUGUGAAAAUGAAGUUAAUUUUUUUGUCAGUCUAUAAAUAUUUAAUUUUAUUGUUAUCACCAUUUCAAAGAUUUUGAUCUUUUAAAAAAUAGAUCUUGUAAGCAUGCAACUGUUUGAACAAAGAUGAAAAGCUAUUUGAAAUAUUUUGUCAUGUUGCAUACUGUUAGCGAUUGUUAUUAUAUAUUGAGCAGAUUCUACAGUUUAUCAGUGGCAAAAGAGUACUUCCAGUUUGAAGAACAUUAUCUUGUGUAAUAUGUAAUAAUCUUUUAUUUUUAUAAAGUGAUUUUUUCUGUGAUGUUCAUUUUAAUUCAACUAAAUAAAAUAUUUAAUUAUAACUUGCCAUUAAAAUGACAUUGAUACCAGUUUAGAGUAAGUACUCAUUAAUUACAGUACCAAAGUAAAUAACAUAUUUUUUCAGACAGAGCAGAUUCAGGAAUGAGCUGGUCAUAUGUGUGAUAUAUUUCUUCAUUGUCCUGGCAGAAUGUCAUUUGAGGAAGAUUUUCAUACAUUACUUACGAACAUUGUACAAAGAGCUCAACUGAUUGCUUCAUGAAAUAUUUGUCAGUGUUUUCCAUUUCUAAUGAGAUAGUACAUGGAAUCUCUAAACACAAUACUUCAGUAAUGUGCUUCCAGGCAUAAGUUUCAAUAACUUGAGUUAGGUCUGAUUACAAAAAAGCAACAGUAAACAAAUGUAACUGGUGUAGUAACAAUGCAAGUGAUAAACUCAUCAUUCUGAAAUGUUUCUGAGUGGAGGGAGUAAUGGAUGAACAACCCUUCCUUUUCAUACUCUUACAGAGCACAGUGCCAGUCUGCAAAAUGCCAUAUACCCUUCUAAUUACAAUGAUUGCUUUCUACACUAGAAAGCAGUUCAGUGUUUUGCACCACAAACAUAAACUCUUACUAAAAUUCUUUUAACCAUCAUAUACCUCUAUGUUAAAAUGUUGUUUCAAUGAUAAUGUGCUAUAAUUUUACCUCCCAAUUUUCUGUUAAUCUCUAAUUGUUCAAGUUGCAGAAAAUUUUCUGCUCGUAUUUACUAUGUGCAAGAAUGUUUUAUUCCAGAAAUGUUUGAAGUAAAAUAUAUAAUGAUAUGUUGCAUGUAUAUUUAUGGAAAUGAAUAUAAAUAUAUUUUAACUGUAUUUGUGUAAAAAAAUCUUCCAUAAAUUUUAC